GCGCCUGGGGACCAGGGCCAGAUGCCGGAGAACAUGCAAGUGUCUCAGUUUAAGAUGGUGAGCUACUCCUACGACGAGGACCUGGAGGAGCUGUGCCCCGUGUGCGGAGACAAGGUGUCCGGCUACCACUACGGGCUGCUCACCUGCGAGAGCUGCAAGGGCUUCUUCAAGCGCACGGUGCAGAACAACAAGCGCUACACCUGCAUCGAGAGCCAGAGCUGCCAGAUCGACAAGACCCAGCGCAAGCGCUGCCCCUACUGCCGCUUCCAGAAGUGCCUGAGCGUGGGCAUGAAGCUGGAAGCGGUGCGCGCCGACCGCAUGCGGGGCGGCAGGAACAAGUUCGGGCCCAUGUACAAGCGGGACCGCGCGCUGAAGCAGCAGAAGAAGGCGCUGAUCCGGGCCAACGGGCUGAAGCUGGAGGCCAUGUCGCAGGCGAUCCAGGCCAUGCCGCCCGAGCUGGGCCUGUCGCCCGCUGCCCUGCAGAGCCUCCACUCGGCAGCCUCGAAGGGGCUGCCGCUGAGCCACGCCGGCCUGCCGCCCACGGACUACGACCGCAGCCCCUUCGUCACGUCCCCGGUCAGCAUGGCCCUGCCGCCCCACGGCCACGGCCACGGCCACGGCGCCGGCCACGGGGGCCACGGGGGCCACGGCGCCGGCCACGGCGGCCUCCAGGGCUACCCGCCCUACGGCCCCUUCCCCAGCCGGGCCAUCAAGUCCGAGUACCCGGACCCCUACGGCAGCUCGCCCGAGUCGCUGCUGGGCUGCCCCUACGUGGACGGCUGCGCGGCCGGCUCCCCGGCCGGCGUGCCGCACCUCAUCCUGGAACUGCUGCGCUGCGAGCCCGACGAGCCGCAGGUGCGCGCGCGCAUCGCCGCCCACCUGCAGCAGGAGCAGGAGCAGGCCGGCCGCGGCCGGCUGGAGCGGCUCAGCACCUUCGGGCUCCUCUGCAAGAUGGCCGACCAGACGCUCUUCUCCAUCGUGGAGUGGGCGCGCAGCAGCGUGUUCUUCCGGGAGCUCAAGGUGGACGACCAGAUGAAGCUGCUGCAGAACUGCUGGAGUGAGCUGCUCAUCCUGGACCACCUCUUCCGGCAGGUGGUGCACGGGAAGGACGGCUGCAUCGCGCUGGUUACCGGGCAACAGGUGGAUUACUCCAUCAUCGCUGCGCAGGCGGGGGCCACGCUGAGCAGCCUGCUGGGCCACGCCCAGGACCUCGUGGCCAAGCUGCGGGACCUGCAGGUGGACCAGCGGGAGUUCGUGUGCCUCAAGUUCCUGGUGCUCUUCAGCCUGGGUGAGGACCCCGGAGAACCUGCAGCU